AUGUCUCCCAUGGUUCCCGCAAGAAACUCCCCCCGAAAAACGCAUGUGCUAAGCACUCCGGUCUCGAAGCGCAACUUCUCUCCCGACGCGUCUCUCGUACUGGUGGGCAUCCGAGGCUCCGGGAAACGAUCGCUCGGGUUCAUUGCGGCCGCCGCACUCAAUCGUCGGUUUAUAACGGAAGACUACUACUUCAAAGAAGUAACCGGUCUUACUCGACAUGAGUUCCUGCUCAAAUUUGGUAGCCAUGAGUUCCAGCGUCGCGAUGUCGAGGUUCUCAAGAUGAUGCUCGAUAACCACCGGACGCAUUGUGUGAUAGAGUGUGGACUGGGCAGUUUGACGCGCAUUAUCCAGGAACAUCUCCGCCGGUAUGCGCUGACGAAUCCUGUAGUAUAUUUGCUGCGGGAUAUGGAUCAGAUUCAGAGGCUGCUACAGCUACAAGACUUUUCGGUUAAGCGGCUAGGAAAUGGGGAUCCGUAUCAUCGGACAUGCACGAAUUUUGAGUAUUAUAAUCUGGAGGAGCGGGUUCCAGUCGACUUAUCACUGGAGGAAGGAACUCCGGAUCGUCGGUCGGUCAACUACUCGUUCAAGUUGAAAGAUGCCAAAGAGGAUUUUACACAAUUCGUGCGAUUCAUUACAGGAGCUACGACUACAGAUCCGGGCUUGGAUUCGCCGUUUGUGUUGUUAGAAACGCCGCCGGAAAGCCGAUCACAUACACACGCCGUGUUACUGCGGCUGUCUGCUUUACAGAACAACGCUGUUGACCUUGCAAAGUUGGAGUCUGGAGGUGACGCUAUCGAACUAUGUAUAGACAUGUGGAAUCCAGACGCCGUGAGCGCGGUGGCUAAACAUGUUGCUGUGCUGCGUAGGAUUGCGAAAUUGCCAAUCAUAUAUUCCAUCGAUGCUGAGACAUUGGACAUUGAUGUACAUACAUCAGACGGCGUCAAAAAUGGCGACCUGUACUUUCAGAUUCUGGAAUAUGGUCUCCGACUUGGUGUUGAGUACCUCACUAUACAUUUAGACAAAGACCAUACACGCUUGGCCCAGCUUGUACAAAGCCGGGGUAUGACAAAAAUCAUUGGACAUUUCACAAUGGACGUCUCGUCGGGUAUAUCCUGGGAGGACGAAGCGUGUUUAUCUAUUUACCUUGAAGCAGAAAGAUUAGGCUGUCAACUUGUUCGCAUUGUCCGACCGGCCACUACAAGAGAAGAGAAUGAUUCUGUUCGGAAGUUUGUUGACCGUGUCAAAGCUUUAUCAGGCACUCAUCCACCGAUAAUUGCGUUUAAUAUUGGACCCAUUGGACGGAGCUCACAGGUCUUCAAUAGCAACCUGACUUCUGUGACACAUCCUGCUAUACCGCCUAGCGCACUGAAAGCAAACGACCCACAAAUAACAUCACAAGACGCCAUUCGUGCGCUAGUUCAGAGCUACAUGCUCGAUCCUUUGAAAUUUUAUAUUCUUGGUGCUAGCGUGGCUUACAGUAUCUCGCCUGUAAUGCACAACGCCGCAUAUGCAAGUUGUGGGCUAUCUCAUGUCUACCGCAUACCAGAUGCACCGUCUCUCGCUCUACUAGACGAAUGGCGACACGACCCCCAUUUCGGGGGCUCUAGUGUGGUCCAGCCAUGGCGAGUUCAUGUUGCAGGCCAACUUAAAUAUAAAAGUCGCCACGCCGAGGCCAUUGGCGCAAUCAACACAGUCAUGCCGUUGAGAGCAAGCGCAGAUGGAAAUAUCUACCCGCUCUCGGAACAAGCCAGACGCCGCAACGAGGCGGGCCACAUUGCCGCAUGGUGGGGAGAAAACACCGACUGGAUUAGUAUAAUGGUGUGUUUACAGCGCAAUUUAUCUCCUCGAAACGCAAUCAGUCCUGUCAGGACUACGGGACUUGUGAUUGGAGCAGGCGGUAUGGCCCGAGCGGCGAUAUAUGCCAUGUUGCAACUGGGAUGUCGAAAGAUAUUCAUUCUCAAUCGGACGUUGUCCAGGGCGGAGGAAGUGGCGAGACAUUUCAAUUCGUGGGUUGCGUCGUCGCAUACGGAUUCUGAUGCGGCGGUCCGCGUGUUGCGUUCGGCGGAUGAGCCGUGGCCGUCUGAGCUAGCCUUUCCAUCGAUGAUUGUCUCAUGUGUGCCGGAGAAUAGGAUACAGGGCCAACCGCCUGCCAAUUUUGUCAUGCCACUGCAGUGGCUGGGCAGUCCAUCUGGCGGUGUUGUCGUUGAGCUCGCGUACAAUUCCCUCGACACACCUCUGGUUCGCCAACUCCGCCGCUACAGAGAAGAAACCGAUACACCCUGGGUCCUGAUCGACGGUCUCGAGGUCGUCGCCGAACAAGGCUUUGCGCAGUGGGAACUCAUGACGGGUCGCAAGGCGCCGCGACGAUUGAUGAUGACUGAGGUACUGCGGAAUUACAUGGGCGAGAAUGGGCGGCUGGAUGAGAAGACUAUUCGGGCGCGGCUGGAUGCAUUUUCGGGUUGA